CUUAAUUGCUCUCACUCUCACCCAAAUCAAACCCUAAAAAUGGCUCUCUGUAUAAAAAGAGAAGAUGAUCCAGUUGAGUCGAGAGAGAGAGAGUGACACUAUCAUGUCUCGGCUUCUCAGAUUCUCUAAGCUUUCUCACCUUAGCAAUGUGAUGAAAGGAAGCAGCUUUCGUUGGUGUUCAUCUUCAACGACCACGAAAAACCCCUACUUGAUGUAUACCAUCAGUGUCAAGGAGAUUCCCGACGGGAGCCACAAGGCAGAUGGACUCUUGUUUGAUCCAGCGAGGGAGAAGCUAUUUACCGUACGAGACAAAUCAGUUCCUAAAGACCUCCUUAACUCAAGUCUGGUUGGAAGCUCACAAGGAUGGGGAGUUUUCUACGACGCGUGUGAUGAGGAAUUGGUGAGGAAUGUGGCAAUGUCUUCUGAUUCUCCUGAAAAAGAAGAAGACUUUGUGGUUGCUAUCAAGUUACCGGGUAGUGAGAUAAUCUCACUGAGAUUGGUGUCUAUAGACACGGUCGUGACCUCCCGUGGACUCAUUUCGAACUUCCUUUUACCUGCUUGGACAACUCAAACCUGGCUUAUUCGAAAACAGACCAAUGUUUUUACUUCCCUGGUCCUGGAGGCAACUGCUUGUGUUCAUUCGACCUCCAUGACAACCUCAACGUCCGUGAGCUACUGUUUCGUGACCUUACUGAGUUUUCAAUGUCCGAGUUGGAGCUGUUCAGAUCAUAUUCCAGGGAAGAGCAUUGGGUGGAGUCUUCCUUAGGCGAACGUUUCCUUGGCCAAUGGUACUCUUAUGACUCUCCGUUAGAGCACAGAGACCCGAUGUUCAUUGUGUUUAGAGAGGAGGAGACGAUUGGUAGCAAAUACUUGUGUUACACUGAGGACAUUGGAGAUGUCUGCAUCUUCCUAUCAAACAGCCAUCCUUUCUGCGUUGAGGCCAGCUCGUGCCCUGGUUUGCAGCCUAAUGCCAUCUACAUCAUCUCCUCUGAUGGCUUUGCUGUUUACGAUCUCAACACCAAAAGAUGCCGUGAUUUUGAAAAACCCAAAGGUGGACCAACAAAGGCUCCAUUCAUCCCUCACUGGAUUCCUCCCUAUUCUAUCUAAACUUUACUAUGCUUGUUUGUUGCGGUGUUUUGGUGGACCAAGUUUUGUCUUUUGGAUUUUGCUUAACAUUUGUAAAACAACUAGCAUCAUCUGACUAAGGUGGUCCCUUUUGUUUCCAUGACUCAUAUUUUGAAACAGUAA